AUGAUGGAACUAAUAAAAGAGGGGAACUCCUUCUCGGUGGAUCAGAUCCUAGUAUUUAUAGUUACCGGCUUCUCCAUGGGAGGUAGCGAGUAUCCUGUAAUGGUCGUGAACGAUCGUGGUAUCCUUGAUACUGGAGCAGAGUAUACUCUUCCUACCCUCAUAAAAGAUCUUGAGGCUCGAUCAAGCGGUAAG